AUGAAUUCCAAACAUAUUGACAAGGGUGGAAGUUCUUCACUGCAUGCUUUGACUCCACGAACCGCCAGAGGAGCAAAUACGCGUACCUCACCCGAAGCUGCGACACCACGAACCGCCCGGGGAGCAAAUACGCGUACCUCACCCGAAGCUGCGACACCACGAGGCGGCAGUGGCCCUGUGCCGAACCUUAUUGUAGCACGUGGUUUGUAUAAAGUCCUCGAGGAGGUGAUGCAUGAUCGACCCCCAUCAACAAAGCAGAAAAACUCACAGGGAAGUGGACAAAACUCUCGCCCCAAUUUUCUCUUCUGUUAUCUGUGUGGAAUGCAGUUUGGCUCUGCCAGUUUGCGCAUCCAUCAACCGCAGUGUCACCUCAAGAAGCUCAUUGAGUGGGAGCGCAUGGAUCCGGCAAGGCGAGGGCCAAGACCGGUGGACCCGGAGACGCAUGAAAAGGAGAUGAAAGAAAGGGUUGCUCUUGGUGGGACAGCAGGAGGUAGGGGUAGGAGUGGAAAAUUGAAGGGCAGUGAAAUCGAUCGGUUUAAUGAGGCGCAGAUUCAAGACUUUAAUGCGAACAUGCUCGUAAAGUGUGAGAACUGCGGGCGGACAUUCCUUCCAGACCGAUUGGAGGUUCAUCUGCGUAGUUGCAAACCAGGCGCGGCGAGUGCUUCGAGGCCAGUGGCCCGCGCACUCGCUGGCAAAACUGCAGGCGACAAGGGCCUAGUAAGGGCACAGAGUGCAUCUGCUGGCGCAUUUCCUAGCAAAAAGUCACGUCAGCCUAUACCGUUGGAGAAAGAGCCCUCAACACCCCUGGCGUCCAGUGCUGCCCGGACAAAAGGUGCACGAGAAGUUGUCUUCUCUACUCAAACUAAGAGAGCCGCAUGGGGCAAUGCAGAGGAUUCUGAGCCAUUGGAGAAAGACUCACCGGAAGCAAUACCGCAAUGUGCGAAUCCAACCAUUUCCACUCAAGGAGUCACGUGUGAUCGUGAUGAUGGGGAUGGUGUUGUUGUUGUUGCUGAGGCUGCUUGUGAUGGCGCUGCUUCUGCAGCCUCAUCGGCAUUUGGUGCCACGCGCUCAGUUUCUCGAAGCCUGGCCGAAAGGACCGCAACAAAAUUGGUUGCGUAUGAAGAGGCGGCGCCGAGAACCGCCGUAGAUGUGGGUGAGGAAAAGAACGAUACCCAAAAAGAAGUCAACGACACCAAUAAGCAUUGUGCUGCGUCAUCAGGGUCGAAGGAUGAAAGAAAAUCUGAGAGUCUUCCCGUGGAAGAAGAUGCAUCCGCAAUCGAUGAUGAUGGUCGUGACGAUGCUCCCGCUGCACCUGUUGCCACCGCUGCUCAUAUUGCUUCCGCUCCUGCCGCCAGCCCACCCUUUGAUGAUUCCCAAGCAUUGGAUGACACCACUCCCCCAGAGAGGCAUGCUGUAAAAAUACCGUUGAACAAUGUCUCUCGCUUCAAGAAUGUUGCCUCUCGCGUGCAUGCGGGGGUGCAUAAAAAGGAGGAACUUCCAAGGUGCCGCUUUUGCAACCGAACAUUCAACGCUAACCGCCUAGCGAAGCAUGAAGAAGUAUGCUUGGAGCGCAAUAAAUCGAAUCACCGAAAUUCGGCCUCCGCGGGCCACCACCCAGAGACGGCUCCUGCGGCCCAUGAAGAGAAGAGGAGAAAUGCACGCGAUAGGCCUUGGGAGGCACACACGGGCUCUGGCCUCAAAAAACAAGUCCUCUUGGAAGAAAUGCCACCCGCAGCACCCCCCGCUCCUGGCGAUGUCGCCGAAAAAAGUGUUCCCUCCCACCCGCAACGGAAGAAGGAGACUGAGGCGGGAAAUGGAUCUACUGAAGGCACAAAAAUGCGUUUCUGUUUUGAGUGCGGUGCGAAGCUUAUCGCUGGAAAACAGCGAUUCUGUGCGGAGUGUGGAACCAAAUUGCAGUCGUAA